AUGACGGCCAUCUACGUCAAGAAUCGACUGCCGUCACCUAAAGUCGUGCACAAGACCCCGUUUGAGAUCGUCUACAACUUGAAACUAAGCGUCAAGCACAUGCGAACAUUCGGGUGUCAGACAUACAUACUGACGCCGAAAGAGAAUCGACUCAAGUGGGAUCCAAAGGCUCGCGCUGGCAUAUUCGUGGGCUACGAAGAAGUUUCGAAGGCAUAUCGUGUUUAUGACAUCGAGGCGGGGCAGGUGGUUAUCAGCCGCGAUGUCAACUUCGACGAGUCCACCUUUGGACUUCAACUGCCGAUCACUGAUGAAGAUGUCGAUGACCUGGACUUCGAAUUGCUGGAUCUUGAUGACAAAGAGCUGCGUCAAAUGAAUUACAAGCAAACAGGCAAGCGCAAGAACCGACUCAAUGAUGAAGAUACAGCAGCUCCACGACCGCGUGCAGUGCGUCAACGACCAGGACUAGAAGAGUCAAGCGCGCCGGAAAACAACUCGUCACGCCAAGAAGAAGACGAAGAAACGAAGGAUUCUGGUGAUUCAACACCACCUGUGUUUUGGCGUGCGAGUGCAAAUGCCGUUGAAGCAGCAGUGGACUCAUCAGAGCCCUCAACAUUUGAGGCGGCAGUGAGCAGCCCUGGGCAAGUGCACUGGAGAAAAGCAAUUCAUGCAGAGCUCGAGUCAAUGCGACUUCGCGGUGUGUUUCGUGCAGCCAAGCUGCCCAACGGACAACACGCCAUUGGCACAAAAUGGGUGUUCAAGAUCAAGCGCAAGGCGGAUGGGUCAAUCGAGAAGUACAAGGCACGACUUGUGGCCAAGGGUUUCCGCCAAAAGUAUGGCAUCGGCUACACGGAGACGUUUUCGCCUGUGGUCAAGUAUGUGACGCUGCGAAUGGUGAUCGCAAUUUUCAAGCACUUUGGAUGGCCCAUCGACCAGCUUGGUGUGGUGACGGCUUUCCUGUAUGGCAUCAUGAAGGAACAAGUGUUCUGUGUGAUUCCUGAAGGCGUCGAACUUGACAGUACGUUCGACUGCCUGGAAUUGGUGAAGUCAAUUUACGGCCUCAAGCAAGCGUCGCGAGUGUGGAACGAGACGUUCGACGAGUAUGUGUGCUCCAUCGGAUUUCAAGUAUCGGACUUCGACCCAUGUCUCUACAUCAAGACUUCGGACGGCCAUUGCGUGUUUAUACUGGUCUUCGUGGACGACGUCUUGGUGACUGGAAGCUCGCUCGAGCUGAUUGCACAAACCAAGAACGACCUGAAGACGCGGUUCGAGAUGACGGACAGCGGCAAGUGUGCGUUUGUUCUUGGGAUCGAGCUUUUGGACGGUGAAGAUGGCAGUGUGACACUAUGUCAGCGUCGGUAUGUCGAUGAUAUCCUCAAGCGCUUUGGCAUGGAUGAUUGCAAGGCAGUCGCAAGUCCAGUCGACAUGAGCUCUCGACUUGUUUCAAGUGAUGCAACUACCAAGGUCGAUGCUCCUUUUCGCGAAGCUGUUGGUGCGUUGAUGCACCUGACCACUGCAACGCGUCCGGACAUUGCGUUUGGUGUGGGCUAUGUGUCGCGGUUCAUGGAAAAUCCCCAAGAAGAACACUGGGUUGCAGUUAAGCGUAUCUUUCGCUAUCUACAAGGCACCAAGACGCAUGGAAUUUGCUACAAGCCAAGUGCAAGGAUCGACUUCCGUAGAUAUUCGGAUGCGGAUUGGGCUGGUGAUCUUACCGACCGCAAGUCAACAUCGGGGUACACGUUCAUGCUACUCGGUGCGCCAGUGAGUUGGGGCAGCAAGAAGCAGCCAAGUGUUUCGUUGUCCACGACUGAAGCUGAAUACAUCGCACUCAGCUUGGCGAUUCAAGAGGGCAAGUGGAUUCAUCGUCUGCUUUGUGAGAUCGUGAUGGCUGCCAAUGAAGAAGGACCGGAACUCAUGAUUCAUGAAGACAAUCAGUCAUGUAUCAAGAUGACGAAGAACCCGGUCAACCACGGCCGUGCCAAGCACAUUGAUAUCAAGUACCAUCACAUCCGUGAUGAGGUCAAGCGCGGUGAAGUGAAGCUCAAGUACUGUGAAACUGCGGUGAUGUUAGCGGACAUCAUGACGAAGGGACUUCAUGGACAUCGCCACAUGGAGAUGACGACGGCUCUCGGGAUUCGUGAGCAUUCGGAUUGA